AUGGUCCAUAGUUCUCGAGGAGGCGUAAGGCCGUACACUCCUAGCCACUUUUUCCUUUUCUUUACUUAAGUCAUUCUUACAUUAUUGUUACUUUUUUGUGUGGAAAUGUACGAGGGUAAUAGCUAUUGCUAAUUCAUAUGUUCAAAACCCAGGGCGACGGUGUAGUGUUAACAAACUUACCAUCCCUGUGGUGAAGGUGAUGACAUCACAUAAACCAUCAGCCAUUUUUUUCAAAUAUUUCACUGCGAGUCUCGCAAGAAAAAGAAGGGGGAGUGAGUAAACCACUAAACUUACAAACUUAAGGUAAUGUACAUUUCUUUUCUUUUUCUUAGAGAGAAUUGUUUGCCUUUGAUGAAAAGUCACACGUAUGGCUUGAGCCAUUUUCAGCGCUAAUUAACUGCAUGUUUCCUGUGGAAUACGUGUAUGCGGAUUGGAUUGGCUGGCAAGCACGCAGCAGAGCUAGGUGUGCUACCCCAGAGUUUAAAACAUAUGUAAGUGAACGAAUCAAAUACACCGGAAGCCAAGUUGAAGGAUUCUGCAUACGCGACUUCGCAGAAAGAAAUGAUGAUGUUGACCAUUGUAGCGAAGUUUGGUGGAUAUAAUAGAUGAUUGGAAGCCUGACUUCAAGGACGGUAUGAUGGUGGCUGACUCGUUCAUUGAAAACGAUGGAAAGGAACAGAUACAAAUAUUCGCUGCCAAACACGUGGAGGAAGAUCCAAGAUACGCAAACGGUUAAGGCUAACAAAGGGAGUGGAAAGAUUAUCAUCCUAAUUUCAGGAAUGUUGACUUUCUUCAUCAUGCGUUUCUUCUUCCCGAUGCGUAUCACCCCAUGGAUGGUCUGAAGCAAAAAUCGCGCUUUAGAGUAAACGCCAAUUUUUCGCACACUUUCCAUGGUCCUGUUCGUAAAUUAAAGGCCGGUGAUUUUCUAAUUUACGAAACUAAUGAAACGACAGUUUUUACAUACCCAGAUGCGUGGCCUGAGGCAGCGAUGGUUGGUCCGACCGUCCCCAAGUGGCUGGCCUUCAUCUGAACUGGUGCAGGAAAUAUUCCAAACCAAUUGCCAUUUGGAUCCCGUUGGCAGAGGAAAACGGCUUGAAGAUCCCGUUGAUUUCUACAGUUAUUGUAAUAAACCAGAAGAAGCCGUGGUUUGUUCUUUGGUAGUUCCGACAGAAGGUAAUGAAGAAAAGAGGUUCAUGGAUCAAACCGAAUUGCGUACCUCCUUUUCCUUGGCUGAAAAUAAACUCGGAGAAAGUGUGUUACCCGUGCAACGGCAUGUAAUGGUACUACCAACGAUGAUCAAGAAAUGAUAUUUUCCUUCUGUAAUUUCAACGUCUUUCUUGAAGAACCUAUUUUUUUUGGAGUGUGAGAAGAAAGGAGAGAUCUUCUGGAGGGAGGACAACUCUGGAAGCUGUCUUUUAUUCAUGCUGGAUCGUCUCCAAGAGUGCUUAGAGUCUCGCUGUUUGCCACACUACAUCAUGCCGCAAAGCAACCUCCUGUUGCAUGAAGAGCCAUCCAGUCUGAAAGAAGCUGCUGCUGUGGUCGCUGACGUGAGACGCAAUAUUUUUUCAAAAACAUACAACAUGCUGAGAACUGACGUCAGUUACUUGAUAGUCAGUGUUUGCAUAGAAUAUUUGGAACCUUUGCAGUUAGAAGACCAGAUGACAACAAUGCAAGAGAGAAACCUUGCAGUUGAAGAUCACCGAAAGCUUCUAAUAGAUAUAUACUCGAUUUUUGUGGGCAAGUGCAAGGAAGUGAUAGAUUGUCUGCUAGCGAUGGAUCGCCAUGGCAUCGAAGAGAUGGUAAAUGUGGCUUUGUGUGUUUACCAGUCACUACUUGGGAGAAUCCUGUGCAAAUUGUGGUUUCUGAACAACGAAGACGGCACCAAUAAAAACGCUUUGAACGAGGAGAAUUUUAAUUCAUUUGUCAGGGAAGAGAUUGGCGGUCUUUUCACGUAUGAAGAGUUUCUCUCUAUUGCACAUGUCUUCUUCCACAAUACCAGAAAAGGGAUAGAAUCUUCUGUCGCAAUUCCUAUGACAAGUGCCAUGUGGCAGUUGAGAGACGAACAGAUAAAAAUAGCUCAAGAAAACAUUGAAGAAGCCAAUGUAGAAUUGAAAGCAGCGCUGGAUUUAUUUAAGUAUUUGCAACAAACAAGUAAAAACAUGAAUGAUUAUGUGACAGAGGAUGACAUUAGAAUGUCAGGGCUAGAUCCAGAAGAAGUUAGAGCGUCAAUUCAAGAAUUAAAAAUGCAAGGAACCAUGAAGAAUGUUGGGAGACCAAAAAAACACUAACAAACUAGGACAUUAGGAUGAUGGGGUUAGAUCCAGCAGCAAUUAAAGCGUGCCUUUCAGAAUUACAAUAUAAUGCGAAGACCAGUGUUGGGAGACCAAAAAGAAACUAACAAAACACAAAUGCAGUUGUAGAUGAAGAGAAAACAAUAGCCAAAUAUCAGCCAGAAAAAAAUACUACGACACUUGGAGGUCAGGCAGGUGACAUGCUCGGCUGGAGUACGAUAUAUCCAAGUCUUCCAUCGCAGGGUACCGUCCAUUAAAAAGUAUUUAAAACUUUAUUGGCAGAUAGUGACAGCUUUAUUUGGGAAAUGAAAGGAAGUAAAUAUACAAAGACCCUCGCCAAGAUUUGGGUCGAAGGAAUAAUUCGUAUAUGAGAUAUCCGAGGAAAUGUUUUACCCAAAUUUAUAGAGCUUUGUAUGGAGACGCCAUGCUGGAGCUCAUCCGGAUGAGCUCCAACAUGGCGGAAGGAAACCAGCAGAAACAUCUGUUACCGAGUUGUGCUUCAAAAGCGUGAAUUUUCUCCUAGCGGAACUCAUAAACAUUAAAGUAAUACUUUUUCUAAUACUUGAACUGUUUAGAUAGCAAAAUUCCUCGAAAAAAGUCACUUUUUUAACCUAAAUGACAGCUCUUUCGGCCUUCAUGUAAAUGCUGCGUCACGCAAAAGCUUAGAAAUUCAAGCGUACUCUAUUAAAAAACCAAGAACUCUUUUGAAGCGAAAAUUUGUUUGAAAAUUAGUUUUGGGCUGCUGUAAUACACCAUGAAUACAUCAGUAGGAUCGAUAGUUUUAUAGUUUGAAUUUUAGUGACGUCAUGUGAAAACCAACAAUAACGUUUUAGUCGUUUUAUACAACUGACUCUUGCAUUCGUAGUACCAUAAUCUUGAAAAAUAACAUGCAAGCAAAAACAGACGUGAGAUAAAAAAAUUCUUGGAAAAAUUCAACAUUCGCGAACAGUUUGGGUCGAUUAACAGUGACACUAAAAGUGUCCAAUCAGAGUAAGGGAACUUAGGAGUAAAAAGAAACACAGACCGCAGACAACUUGAGGACCGUUUUAAUAGAGACUGCUUUGGAAAACCUGGGGCUUGGUCAAAACGUUUUUAAAUGAACGCAGACUGCUGUAGAAGUAUCGUAGAAUUUUCUCCCACGCUACUUAAGGACUUGAAGUUAAUUAAAAGUAGUCUGUAAAGGGAUCUGUAGUUCUUCAAAAGCAUUCGAUUUUAAAACCAUUCUCCUAGACAGAUUUUACAAAAUUGUACCAAAAAGUAAAAAAAUAUAUAUAUCGCUUACCUACGAAAAAGGGCCAGUAAAUCGAUAUUUUGUUUCUUGAAAAAUGGUGAACGUCGCCCUCCGUCCGUUACUCAAAACCCCCGCAUAGUACGUGCGGAGUCGUGUUAGUGGCUCACUGGGGUAUGAAAAUAAUUACCGUAUACCAUCGUCCUCUUCCCUCACUCCAUCGUAACGGUAUUUUUAACACCAGGGACCAGUUUCUCGAACGUCCCGGUAAAUCAAAAUCUAAAAAAAAUUGAAGUUCCUAGCUAAUAAAACAGUCCAUUUUGUUUUGUUAACUGAUAGUUUUAUUAUGGAGUCUGUAUAGCUAUUGAAACCUCUGUAUUGAAUGUAAACAAAAGCAGCUUUCUAUCGGGACUUUCUGGAAUUCGGACUUUCAAUUUUAUUUCCCUUGAUCUUUGACCCUUCAUUUUCAAUAACCCACAUUAUAACCUCCAUUUUUAGGCUAGUUAUCGGGGCUGGGCUUUCGAGAAAAAGUUCCAGACAAUUAUCAGACACUUGAUGUGAGGUACCCUGAGAUUCAAAACCCAUUUGUUUGUAAAAAUACUAUUAAAUAGAAUAUAUUUUCAGUCUGACGUUGUAAAUACCCGCGCGCUGUCUGAAGCUUGUUUUAAUUUCAGUUGAUUUGAAGCGGAUAACUACAACCUCCACUAAAAAAAAAAUAUUUAGUUAUAUAUUUAUUUGUCUUUUUAAAGACAAGUUAGAAAAAAACUGUAUGAAAAGUGAAGCAAUGUGCGUGAAAACUACGAAGUAUCAUUAAAGGACUUGAUGAGUUGGGCAAUUUUUUCUGAGUAUUUUUUUUUUCAGCACGACUAAUUGCAACAUUUUUCUUCACCAAAAUAAGUCUCCGCAGGAAUUUUUUACCAUUCAAUGUUAUUUUAUAAUACCUAGAAAAAAAACCUUGGUCUAAAUCAAUAUUCGAAGAGAUUAUUUUGUUCCAGAAGUAUGCGUUUAAAUCAGUGUCAGUGGUACCUUUAGUACUUGACGUUGUUUUAUCGCUGGUUCCAGAACCAGCCAAAAUGUGGUCCAAGCUUACCUCACGCUGUACUUUAACAGUCAAGCCACUAGGUGUACUGCUUUUUUAUGUUUUCGUCAAUAACCAAAUCAAGUUUUUAUUCAAAGUAACAGUGCUUUGAAGUAAAUGAAGCUUGAGAGCAUGAAGCCGUGUGGGUUGGCUGUACUCCCUUGGCAAUCCCGGGGAUGGUUGUGCCUCUCCCAGAGAAAAACAAAACUUAAUAUAAUAUAUUCAUCUGAAAAUACCAAAUGGAAGCACAGAAUUUUGAAUACAUCGCAGAGAAUGAAGAAACAUUUUAAGUUGUUGAUAGCUUUGGUCCGUUAAAAAGAAAGUUUCAUGACAUCGUUGUUGUUUACAAGUGCUUUUCUCAUACCCACAAACAUUAUUGUGUAUGCCAUAUUAGUAAAAUCCAACUAGUGGUCUAUUAUCAAUGCUGCGUUCUGAUUGGUUGAGCUACAACUAGGCCAUAUGUUUUAGCCCACUAGUAGCGAAAAGCGCCGGCUUUGAAAACCUAAAACAAUGGUGGCUGAAUCGCCCUUUGCUAGCUAAAGUUGUUUUGUAUCGAUAUUUUUGACCAACUAGUUGUAUUUUACUUAAACAAUUAUUCCUCUCGCCCUCAUCGGCCUCAUGGGCUAUUGACUCAGAGCCCAUUCGGGCUCGUGGAAUAAUUGUUAAAUAUUCCUUAUAUUUUGUAAGUUGAAGAAAGAAAAGCAAAACCCUUGUCGAUUGUUUUCAGCAAUAAGUAGCUCAAAGUGGAUGCAAAAGUCAAGCAGUGUUGUGAUAAGCUUUUUAUCCACUUCUGACGGAACUGAUAUGACAAAGAAUAUCACAUAGUGGCAAGAUGAUGUGAAUUUUUAUGUUCCAGUGGCAAGGACAAUAUCACACGAGUGAGCCCACUGAUCGAGUGAUCAUAUGGUACUGUCCUAACCACGAGAACCCGAUAAAAUUAAUAUUUCUGAGCUGAUGUAUAGUUUUCGUUUUUUAUAAUUCAUCAGCACCCGACCCCCUGGACAUAAAG